UUUGAGGGCAGUGGGGAUUCUUUCUGAAUUCCUGGAGUUACAGAGUCUGCCUACUCUGAAAUCCCAGAGGGCUGUAGGGGAGCAUCUGCUUCCGGAACAGUAGCUGCUCCUGUUUUAGAGAAGAGGGGAUUUUGCCCUGGAGGAGCCCACCUUCAAGACACCCCUUGGGAGGCACCAACAGAGGGUCUUAUGUGCUCUGUCCCCCUGCCAGAUGUGGACGAGUGUGUGGAAGGGACCGACAACUGCCACAUCGAUGCCAUCUGCCAGAACACCCCGCGGUCAUACAAAUGCAUCUGCAAGUCUGGCUACACAGGAGAUGGGAAACACUGCAAAGAUGUGGAUGAGUGUGAGCGAGAGGAUAACGCAGGUUGUGUGCACGACUGCGUCAACAUCCCUGGCAAUUACCGAUGUACCUGUUAUGAUGGGUUUCACUUGGCACACGAUGGGCACAACUGUCUGGACGUGGACGAGUGUGCCGAAGGCAAUGGCGGCUGUCAGCAGAGUUGCAUCAACAUGAUGGGCAGCUACGAGUGCCACUGCCGGGAAGGCUUCUUCCUCAGCGACAACCAGCACACCUGCAUCCAGCGACCAGAAGAAGGAAUGAAUUGCAUGAACAAGAACCAUGGUUGUGCCCACAUUUGUCGGGAGACACCCAAGGGGGGGAUUGCCUGUGAAUGCCGCCCUGGCUUUGAGCUCACCAAGAAUCAGCGCGACUGUAAAUUGACAUGCAACUAUGGUAAUGGUGGCUGCCAGCACACAUGCGACGACACAGAGCAGGGCCCCCGGUGCGGCUGCCACGUCAAGUUUGUGCUUCAUACGGACGGGAAGACAUGCAUCGAGACCUGUGCUGUCAACAACGGGGGCUGCGACAGUAAGUGCCACGAUGCAGCUACUGGUGUCCACUGCAGCUGCCCUGUGGGCUUCAUGCUGCAGCCAGACAGGAAGACCUGCAAAGACAUAGACGAGUGCCGCUUGAACAAUGCGGGCUGUGACCACAUUUGCCGCAACACAGUGGGCAGCUUCGAAUGCAGCUGCAAGAAAGGCUAUAAGCUUCUCAUCAACGAGAGGAACUGUCAGGACAUAGAUGAAUGUUCCUUUGAUCGAACCUGUGACCACGUAUGUGUCAACACGCCAGGAAGCUUCCAGUGUUUCUGCCAUCGUGGCUACCUGCUCUAUGGUGUCACCCACUGUGGGGAUGUGGAUGAAUGCAGCAUCAACCGCGGAGGUUGCCGCUUCGGCUGCGUCAACACGCCAGGCAGCUAUCAGUGUACCUGUCCAGCAGGACAGGGGCGACUACACUGGAACGGCAAGGAUUGUACAGAGCCCGUUAAGUGUCAGGGAAGUCCUGGGGCCUCGAAAGCUAUGCUCAGUUGCAGCCGGUCCGGCAAGAAGGACACCUGUGCCCUGAGCUGCCCCUCCCAGGCCCGGUUUUUGCCAGAGUCUGAGAAUGGCUUCACUGUGAGCUGUGGCACCCCUAGCCCGAGGGCUGCUCCAGCCCGCACCAGCCCCACCGGGAACAGCACAAACUCCAAUCAGUGCCAUGAGGCUGCAGCGCUGUCAGUUAAACAACGGGCCUCCUUCAAGAUCAAGGACGCCAAGUGCCGUCUGCACCUGCGAAACAAGGGGAAAAUGGAGGAGGCCAGCAGGAUGCUGGGGCCAGGUGGUGCCCCCUGCUCUGACUGCCAGGUCACCUUCAUCCAUCUCAAGUGUGACUCCUCUCGGAAGGGCAAGGGCCGACGGGCCCGGACCCCUCCAGGCAAGGAGGUCACCCGGCUUACCCUAGAACUCGAGGCAGAGGUCAAAGCUGAAGAAAGCACAGCUGGCUGUGGGCUGCCCUGCCUCCGACAGAGGAUGGAACGGCGGCUGAAAGGGACCCUCAAGAUGCUCAGAAAGUCCAUCAACCAGGACCGCUUCCUGCUGCGCCUGGCGGGCCUUGAUUAUGAGCUGGCCCACAAGUCCAGCCCAGUAGCUGGGGAGCGAGCAGAGCUGGUGGAGACCUGUCGGCCCGGGCAGCACCGUGCUGGGGCCAAGUGUGUCAGCUGCCCGCAGGGAACGUAUUACCACGGCCAGACGGAGCAGUGUGUGCCAUGCCCAGCGGGCACCUUCCAGGAGAGAGAAGGGCAGCUCUCCUGCGACCUUUGCCCUGGGAGUGAUGCUCACGGGCCUCUCGGAGCCACCAACAUCACCACGUGUGCAGGUCAGUGCCCACCUGGACAACACUCUAUAGAUGGGUUCAAGCCUUGCCAGCCAUGCCCCCGCGGUACCUACCAGCCUGAAGCAGGACGGACACUGUGCUUCCCAUGUGGUGGGGGCCUUACCACCAAGCAUGAGGGGGCCAUCUCCUUCCAAGACUGUGACACCAAAGUCCAGUGCUCUCCUGGGCACUACUACAACAUCAGCGUCCACCGCUGUAUCCGCUGUGCCCUGGGCUCCUACCAGCCCGACUUCCGCCAGAACUUCUGCACCCGCUGUCCAGGCAACACAAGCACUGACUUUGAUGGCUCUACCAGUGUGGCCCAGUGCAAGAAUCGUCAGUGUGGCGGGGAGCUGGGUGAGUUCACUGGCUAUAUUGAAUCUCCCAACUACCCUGGCAACUACCCAGCCAGCGUGGAGUGCGUCUGGAACAUCAACCCCCCACCCAAGCGCAAGAUCCUUAUCGUGGUACCCGAGAUCUUCCUGCCAUCUGAGGACGAGUGUGGGGACGUCCUCGUCAUGAGAAAGAACUCCUCCCCAUCCUCCAUUACCACUUACGAGACCUGCCAGACCUAUGAGCGCCCCAUCGCCUUCACAGCGCGCUCCAGAAAGCUCUGGAUCAACUUCAAGACGAGCGAAGCCAACAGUGCCCGGGGCUUCCAGAUCCCCUAUGUUACCUAUGAUGAGGACUAUGAGCAGCUGGUAGAAGAUAUUGUACGAGACGGCCGGCUCUAUGCCUCUGAAAACCACCAGGAGAUUUUAAAGGACAAGAAGCUCAUCAAGGCCUUCUUUGAGGUGCUGGCCCACCCCCAAAACUACUUCAAAUACACAGAGAAGCACAAGGAGAUGCUGCCAAAAUCUUUCAUCAAGCUGCUCCGCUCCAAAGUUUCCAGCUUCCUGAGGCCCUACAAAUAGUGACCCUGACUCAGAGUCCCCUGUUUUGAAGCUCCCAGAUGCCUUAGUCCUCAGAGCCGGCAGCCCCCCGCCCACUGACAAGGAAUUCUCUCCUCUCUUUUUAGAGAAAAAAAAAAAAUCACUCUACAGACCAGGCACUCUCCCUUUCUGUCUCUAGUUUCCUCUUCUUGUCUCUCUCUGCGUGUCUCUCUCUCUCUCUCUACUGUUUUCCCUUUUCCUACAUACUCCCCGGAAAAGUCAUUCCAUGCUGGCUAUUCCCCCUGAGGGGUGAAGGAAUGUACCCCCUCCCCAACUAAACUGCCCAUUUCACCAGCUCACAUCCCUAGCCCCAUCAGCUUGGAAGGGUGCUGGAGGCCCACGAAGGAAGUGGGUCUAGUGGGGGAUGGUGAGGGGGACGAGGGGGCUUCUGCCAUUGUAGGGUUGUGCCUUGCUAGUCAGGAGCCAAAACGUCCCCUGGCUGUGUCCCCCAGGGUGAUUCUAACAGCCCAGACUUCUGCCAAAGAAGACUGUGACUUACAGGCUUAAUGCCAGCACCUCUGGGGUACAUGGCUUGAGCCCUAGACUACCCGCAGUCAGCCUUCUUGUCUGUAUAGCAAAUCUCCUUCCUUCCCCACAUGUCUGCCUGGGGCCUACUCCAUAAGGGCUUACAGAUGACCCAUACCACUGGGCUAGCGGACACCGGCUGAAUGAGGAAGCGCAGCAGGCAUUUACCAUGGUCAAUGUGCUGUUGUGGCUCUCCAAGAGAAAGACUAUAGCUCUGCAGGACAGAAACCAGGUUUUAAAGCAUCAUCAAAAAAGAAAGAAAGAAAGAAAAGAAAAUAUAUCUAAAGGACUAGACUACAGAACAAUUGGAAGCCAGCCUCAAACAUUAAUCCCUUUUCCUACUCGUCUCCCCUGGCCCAGCCAUCCCCUCACCCCUGCUCAAGUGCUCCCUGGGGGAGCCCUACUCCCCUUGCUAAGUGCUGUCCUUAAAGAAACAUGGCUGCUGACAGGAAGCCAGCUUGGGCCUUGCCCCACAGUUGUCUUUCCCUUGUAAUCCCAGGUGGCUUGUGGGCUCCACCAAAGAGGACCCCACUUAGCAGCCAGCCCAGAGCCGCCUACCUCUGGCCCCAGGCCAUGGGCAGCAAGAGGAAUGUGUGUGCACUUGGCAAGCCUUCUGCCCACCUUGUCCACAUCUAAUAAGUGCAAUCAUUUUGAGUAAUUCUAUGUUGUCUAGAUGGAGGGGUUUUUGUUUUCUGGUUUUUUGUUUUUUCCUCUAUUAGAACAACCCUAUUUAUAGCUGCCCAACAGAGAAGAGUGUGUGUUUGGAGUGGAAGAAAAAAGGCUUUGAAUCUCAUGAACCUUGAGUGCUGACGCAUCUGUUUCUUACUCCACCACCAGUGGCCACCCAGACCUCUAGGGCCUUGGGCUGGGGCAUUCCAGGGCUAUAGCUCAGAGGCACCUGAAGUGUAGGACAGGAAUUCUGAAGACUUAAUGGAGCAGGAAGGAGAGAGACCUGUAUUUGCUAAACCAAUCCUGCCAUCCCUGUGUCUCUCCAUGGAUUCAGCACGGACCUCAUGAUUGUGGAGACCAAUGGAACUGGUCAAUAAUUUUCGACCCCAAGUAGGGAAAACCUCCAUCUUUUCCCUUCUUCAUCCUGUUUUCUCCUGAUAUGCACAUCUCCAGCCUACAAUGGAAGAGGAUCAGGAGAAGCCACCUGGAGAUGGGGUGUCUCAGGGCCUUGAGGCCAGAGACAAGGCUGUGAGAGCCAAGAACAGGACAGUUACCCAGGUAUGAAGUUGGUGAAGGCACUAGGUAGUUUGCCUGACUUUGGCCACUCUGCCUAUACCUUACCUGUUUGCCAUUCCCUCUCGGAAUUGACUUCAAGCCUAGCUUCUUCAACUACUGCUUUUCAAAAAAGAAGCAAGUUCAUGCCCAAUCCCAGAUGCUGCACACAGUCCACCCUCAAUCUAAUUGCUGCCUAUGAAAUCACUUUCCAUCUGCUCCUUCCAGCUACCCCAAAGCUGUAGUCCUAGUCAAUCAAACGCUACCACCUGAUUGUUAGAGUUCAUUUCUAGGUGACUGUCCCAGACUACUGUUCCCCCAAGAGACUCAACACUAAAUAAAGGAGCCUGGCCCCCACCUACCCCCCUUGAGUAGCAUUCACCAGCCAAAAGAGCCUUAGCAGCGGGUAACCAAUGUCACAGCUAGAUUCUCUCAUGUCCUCUCUCGUCCAUUAGCCAUGAUCCUUGGGGUUGUAGUAGUGUCUGGCUGCCUUUGUCUCUCUGGGUCAGAGGGCUGCUAUAAAGAUGCAAAAUGGCUGCUUCCAAGCAGUGGAAAUGGUCAGAAAGUGCCAUGGAAACUGCUUUAAUCAACUUUUUCCACCAGGCACUGGGAUUUCUGAUUCCUCUCUGCCAUUACACACCUCUCUUGAAAGGCCAAACAAGAUGCUUCUCAAUUUUUGCCUUCAAAGUCUGGCUUCUUUUGCCUCCCUUUCCUGUCACCCCAGGCAUACACAUAAACACACUUCUUCUAAUCAUUUAUUCCUUAGUUUCUGCAAAUGAUUUCCACAGUAUGGAAAGUAAAGACUACUAUGCUUCUCAAGACAGAUCUUGAGAAGCAGGUGAAGACCUGAGGUUGUCCACAGAGCUUAAUUUAGAGAUUAUUCAAGUUGGGAAUUAAGAAACCAAGCAGUUUCUGCUGAACCCAUGGAGGAAGCUAGCCCUGGAGCAUCAAACUCUGGGCUAAGUGGACUGGAAAUGAGGAAUCAACACUCAGGGAGUCUCUAGGCCUUUACAGGCCAGACAGGAGGUAUUUUACCAGUGUAGGAAAGGUGGGAAAAUGGUGUUAAUGGGAACCCUUUGUGAACCAGCUCAGAGGCCUCUGCAGGGUGGGGCAGUCAUGGGCCACAGUGCUGUGGCGCCCCAUUCAUUUUAGUGCAAAACCUGCCCUGAUCUCAGUUGGAAAUGGGAAGCCAUUACCCAAGAGCACCAAGCACCAAAUGAUACAUAGAAAGGUACUUAUAUCCUCAGCAACCUGCUAAUCCCUCUUUACUUCUCUGCCCCUUCUUUCUGUAUUAUCCCUAAACUUGAGAGAACUGAGUCAGGAGAAAACUAACCAAAGCCUGGACUUGAACUGCCCACCCCACACCUAGAAAUCCCCGCAUACCGACAUUGAGCUGUGCCUGCUGUGACUUCCCCAGGAUUUGGUCAGUUUGAGGUGGUGGCUCAGAUUUGUUGCUGCAAGUUCAGUUAAUACAGUCCUGGUCUUUGGCCCUCAUGAAACCUUUUAUAUCUGAGGAGUGUUCUCCAUAUUUUGGGUGACUGGAAGGGAUUAGGAAGUCAUGUCUCAAAAUGUCAGAAACGUUAUAAAGCAUUCAAAUGUUUGUAUUGGCUGUUUAACCUCAAUGUAACAGCCUAACUAGGGGAAGGAAGACAAAGUAUAACUGACCAUAGCAGAAAAUAAUGUUAACCUGCCUGGUUUCCUUCUUAAGCACAGAAAAAGUAAAAGCAAACAACACAAGAAUAUCUUUAGAUUUGACCUAUCUCAAAGGUAACACACCCUUUCCUUGGGCCAUUAUUUGGACUAAGAAUCCUUUAAGAAAAUAUAUAAUUAGAGGGACUAGAGCUCCCAGUUCUGUGAUCAGCUUAUCUAGGCAAUGCAGACUGUAGCAGUUUGGACAAACUGAAAAUUUUAUUCUGUGAGAGUUGAACUGAAAUUUCAGAGAAUAAUCAUCACCAUGUGGUAGGCUUUUUUUUUUUUUUUUUAAUGCAGAAGAAAUCUCAAAAUACUGUAUUUAUACCUGCCUUCCACCACUGCAGAUAUAGUAAACAUCUACACAAUCAACAAUAAGCAGCAAAUGAUGCAGUUCAUAGAAUAUUUUGCACUUGGGGAAAAAUAUGUAUCUGAACUUGUAAAAAGAAAUGUUUGGA